AUGGGAGAAAAAAAGAGUAUCUGGUUACGAUGGCGUUUGUUUGCACAUAAACACAACAACCGUCUUCUUUAUGCUAUGAUGGGAUUGAUGUUUUCUGCGCAGAUGAUUAUGGUGUACAAGCAUCUGAAAGGAGAGAGGGUCGUACGUGAGUACACUGUAUAAGAAUUAAAAUUGAGCUUAACUUAAACUCUCGAGCAUGAUUAAAAGAGAACUCCCAUAUAAAAGAGAAGGGGAUGCUUUAUAUUAAAAAACAGGUUUAAUACAGAUUUGUUUUAUUCAUUUGCUGGCAAAACCCACUGAGCUCCAUCAUCUACUACGGCGGGUAAGAUUGUAAGUUAUGGCAGGAUACAAAUGGUUCCUGGAAAAUCCUAGAAUGUCCUGAAGCUCCUAUUGUACCAUUUUCCAGGACUGUAAAUUCCUGGAAAGUGUAUAAGCAGUAGCAAAUUUGUUCUCAAACCACUUGAAUUGUGUUCUUGCAUUCCAUCUUGUAAGUGAAAGAUCUUAACGUUGAUAACAUUUUGAUAAAAUUAUUCACUAGAAUGUCUUACUCACAUAAUCACAGGGUUCACACACAAAAAUAAAAAAGGACGCAUGGUUACUAUUGAUACAUCAGCCAUAGAUCACCAUCAAUAAUGGGAAAUGAACAUCUCACAGCUGCGCAAAUCAAUAAAGAAGAUCUCACGAAAAGUUCAUGUGACAUGUGGAAGAAAAAUAAAAUAAUACGGCUGUGAAAGCUUAAGUAAGAACGGCUCUGUUUAUAGUAAAGGAAGUAAAUUAUUGUAGACUGCAAAUUCCCCCCUCCCACUCUUGUAAUCACAUACAUACAAAGAAGGCCUUGGGACCGACCCUCAACUUCCUUGGACUGGAGGUCCUUAAGACCCCUAACUGUUAAAAUGAGUGGAGCUCUGAAUCAAGCUCCACAUUCAAUCAUAAAUGUCUUCAGUGUGGCGUGAGUGGUGUUCAUAAGACAGAAAUAUAAUUAGGUAUUUAAAAUAAAUAAAAUGGAAAGAGUUGAUAAAAUUUCUGUUGCAGUUACCAAGGAGGAGUUAUUUGAGAAAGGCCCAGUUGUUAUAAAGAUGGAAGAAUAUCUCAAAGCAGCUGCACGCUGGCCUGUAAGUUUUCUUAUGGGGAUGGAGGGGUGCUAGCUAGCAAAAGGUGGGGUAAGGAACAAAAUAAGUUAGUAGCAGCUGCUAUAUACCUAGCAAGUGUCCUGGUCAUCCCUUUCUGAAUUUUCUGGAUCCACCCCGUGAGGAACUUGCCUCAUCUAGAUUACGGUCCAACAUUUAGAAGUAAAUAAAUAAAUAACAUUGGUUUAUGAACAGGCACAAAUUUACACAAAAGGUAAAUUACAUUGUACUUAUGAAUUUUAAAAUUAGUUGAAAAAUAUAUUAAUAAAAUGAAAAUUAUUGUCAUAUUGGGAUUAUAACAUUUAUAAGCCCUUUUAAAAUCCGUCACAAAAAUGUAUCAAUAUUGGUUCUUCAAGGCUGUGCUCUAAGGAAAAUUGAAGGGGCCCAGUGCUCUGAAACUGUAAAAUCUAGGGUGCCUAGCAUAUGAUUUGGAUGAAAAAUCUGAGAUGUGCUAGUCACCCGAGGGUAAAGUUAAGUGCCAGGGCCCACCGGGCUCUACUAGAGUACAGCACUGGUUCUUAAGAGCCAGGUUAUGGUAUAUUAAAGGCAUUUUAUUUUAAUGAAUAUUGGCUUCUUUUAAUCUGCAGAUCUUAAAAACAAAGAGAAAAGAUCCAUUUAAGGAGGACGAAGACCAGUAGUCUCAAUGGAUGCUUAGCAGCUAAAAACAAAAAUAGUAAAGCUGAGUUGUAUAGAACAUUAAUUUUAUGACAUACAGUACUGAGGACAUUUUUAUAGCCAUGGUGCUCAUGACAGGAAUUAUUAUAUGGCAUCGGAGAGUUGCCAACAUCAGAAAUAAGACAGUGAAACCCAGUAAAUGAAAGACAUUAUGUUUACCUCGUGGCUACUGGGUAGACACCUUUAUUGGUGAUUGUUAAGAAAAUUGACUUUAUGAGCCAUUGUAUAAAGUCUGUUUCUUGUUAUUAUAGUCAGCAGUAGCUGGAGACUUGUUCAAGAAACCAUACGGUCCUUGUAUUGGAGCAGCUUUUUAAAAAUUUACAUCAGUGAACUGGAUUUU